AUGUCCGGAAGCCACAUCAUCGGGAACCGCAACAGCACGCCUGAGUCGCACGGUGCCUCGUCCUUGCGACCGCCAUCCUCGAGGGCCGUCGGCACUGGGAGCUCAUUGCGUGCGUCCGCUGAUAUGGCUACUCUCGCCGGCUCAUCGCCUUCGAACCGCACUCGACCGUCGUCGGAUUUUUACGGUCAGUCCCGGCAGGUUCACGGGCAGGUUAGCAUGGACAACGAUUCUCAGGACAAACUCGCCCAGCAGUGGAUCGCCGACAUUGACCAGUAUGAGACAACUUUGGAAGAGAUGGCUGCUGCUACCUUGGACCAGGAUUUCAAAGACGAGCUCAGUGCUAUUGAACAGUGGUUUCGUGUCCUUAGUGAGGCCGAACGCACCGCGGCACUAUAUGCUCUGUUGCAACAAACCACCCAGGUCCAGAUUCGAUUUUUCAUUCAGGUCCUUCAGCAAAUGGGCAAAAGCCAUCCUAUGUCGGGUGUCCUGUCUCCGGCUAACUUUGACAAAGAUCCAAUGUCCAGCCGACUGAGUGACGCCAUGAACAAGCUAAGCGUGGAAUCGGCCCAUACCUCGUUCAACCGCAGCUCAGCUAUGGUGACGACGAAGCGGCAGUCAGGGCUUGACCCGUCAACCAUCAACGCCAUGUUCCCCGAUGCUGCGGCAGCCAUUGCUACGGAAAAAGCCAAGUUUACCCAGCAGACAGGCAACCCUCCCACUUCAAACCGAAACAGCACUUCCGUUGACCCACGUGUCUCCAUGUCAGGCCUCGCUGUUUCCAGCAGUCAAGAGGGCGGGAUGGCCAACUCGGCUUCUCCCUGGGGGCCCAGUGGUGAACCAGCCAAUGCUAUGGUGCCUGCUGCGCAGACACCGAUGGGUCAAUUUGUUCAGGCUCCCACGGCUGGCGGGCUCAGGUCCCCCCGACCCCAGAUAGGUGGCAACGCAACCCUUCAGAAUCCCUCUCUUACGGUAUCUGAAAAGAAACCGGCUGAUCUGCCACUUUUGUCUCCCUACAACAGCGGCAGUGGCAACUGGGCUUCCAUGGUCAAUACACCCAUGGCCCCCACAUUCGGCACAGGCAACCCCAGCGGAACCCAAGCUGAUAUGGUCGCCAAUGCCACGGCAAUGAAGCUUGCGGCGCUGUCCACGGUCAACAACCGCUUUGCUCUGGAUGACGUACGCAAAUACCGCCGAGCCCGGUCCAAUGACGCACCAGGAAGCGGUCAUAAUCAGACCCCCCCUCCCAUGCAGGGUAUGAAUCUACCUGGGACCAACGUUGUCAUGAUAAACGAGCAUGGCCAGGUGCUCAGCCGUGAUCAAGUUCUGGCGAUGCAAGCACAGCAGGCUGUUGGUCUUGGGAACCAGAGAUCCCGUCCAAGCUCCCCAGGCACCGCCAUGCCGCCAGGCAUGGGCAUGAUGUCCCACUUCACUUCACCCCAGCACAACGGGUAUCUCAGUGCAUACGACGGCUCCCCGGCACAUUUGAGCAGUGGCAUGCCGGCCGUGAGCAUGGGCCAAUUGGGAAUACCAAGCCACGAGGGAUAUCACUCGGACCAUUCGGACCUGGCACGUGGGCGGUCACCUCGAGGUCGGAGGGGCAGUUCUAAGCCACCCGAGGAUCCAACAGAUCCAACCCUCCUCCAAGACAUUCCCAGCUGGCUUCGAAGCCUGAGGCUACACAAGUACACGGACAAUCUGAAAGAUAUGAAGUGGACUGAUCUUAUUGAACUGAAUGACCAGGCUCUGGAGGACCGCGGGGUCAAUGCUCUCGGUGCUCGUCGAAAGAUGCUCAAGGUAUUUGAACAAGUUAAAGAAGCCAAGGCAGAGGGCAAGCUAGGAUAA